AUGGCCUUUGCGCAGGAUGCGGCCAAGCUGUCGCUGCGGCUAUCUGAAGGACUGGUCGAGAACGCACUUGAGUUCGGGCUAGACACUCCAGGCAGCUUCUACGACAAUGCGGAAUUCAAGCUGUCGCUGGUGCGGCAGGAGCUGAGCUCAGCGUCAGACAAGGACAAGGUGACAGCGCUGAAGCGGCUCCUGGCGGCGAUAGCGAAGGGCCACGACGUGUCAGAGUAUUUCGCAGAUGUGGUGAAGAAUGUGGCGUCGGGGAAUCUCGAAUUGCGGCGGCUGGUGUACAUUUACCUGCUGCGGUAUGCAGAGCAGGAGCAGGACCUGGCGCUGCUGUCAAUUAACACGUUCCAGCGGGACCUGACGGACCAGAACCAGGUGAUCCGGGCAAUGGCAUUGCGUGUGAUGUCAAGCACCCGGGUGCCGGUGAUCAGCUCGAUUGUGAUGGUGGCGGUGCGCAAGAGCGCCGCAGACGGAUCGCCGCACGUGCGCAAGACGGCGGCGUUUGCGGCGCGCAAGCUGGUGCGGCUGGACCCGGGGCUGCGGGAGGAACUGACUGGGGUGGUGUCGGGGAUGCUUGGCGAGUCGUCGCCGCUGGCGGUAGGAGCGGUGAUCCAGGCGUUCCAGGCAGUGUGUCCGGAGAAGACAGAGCUGGUGCAUGGGCAUUUCCGGCGGUGGUGCGGGAUGGUGGUGGAUCUGGACGAGUGGGGGCAGGUGGAGCUGAUCAAGCUGCUGACGCGGUAUGCGCGCACGCAGUUCGAGCAGCCGCAGGACGGCAACCAGCAGCUGGAUCCGGACCACAUGCUGCUUCUGCGGUCGCUGCAGCCGCUGCAGCAGAGCCGCAACAGCGCAGUGGUGCUGGCGGCAGUGUCGGCGCAUUACCAUCUGGCGCCAACCGGGAUGCUGGAUGCGCUGGGCAAGCCGCUGGUGCGGCUUUUGCGCAGCAGCCGCGAGGCCGGGUAUGUGGCUCUCAGCAAUAUUCUGCUGGUGGCGAGGCGGCGGCCGCAGGCGUUCAAGGAGCAUGUGCGGAGCUUCUUCAUUGCAGCUGGCGACGCGCGGUUUGCACGGCGGCUCAAGCUGCAGGUUCUCGAGGCGCUAGUGUCGCGCGACACCGUCAACACGCUGGUGCCAGAGCUGGCCAGCUACGCCAAGUCGCCGCGCGCCGACAUCAGCAUCGGCGCCGUGGGCGUGAUCGUCGCCUGUGCGCGUGCAGUUCGCGAGACGUCGCUGGACUGCUUCCGCAGCCUUCUGCUGAUGCUGGACGAUGCGCGACCGGCGGUCGCCGACGCGGCAAUGCAGGCGGUGGGCGUGCUGCUGUGCGACGGAACGGUACGUGAUGCGCCUGCGCGGCAGGGCUCUGCGACGCUAUACGACAUCCUGUGCUUCCUGGCGCGCAAGCUCGAGCGGCUCACCGGGGAGGUAGCCCGUGCCACGGUGUUUGCGCUGGUGAGCCGGUUCCUGGAAUCGCGGUUUGGCAUGCUCCACGCGAUGGAUGUGCUGCGUGUGGGCGCGCGCGGGUUUGCCGGCGAGGGCGAGCUGGCGAAGGAGCAGGUGCUGCAGCUGGCAGUGCGGCUCGCAGCGAACGACAAGGCGGCAGAGCUGCGCGCGUAUGUAUUCACAUUGGCGCGCUAUGACGUGAGCUUCCGUGUGCGCGACCGGGCGCGGCUUCUGCGUGCACUG